GGUUCGGCCCUCUGGGCACCUGACAUGGGGGCGGGAACCUGGAAAGUCGCUACAAGCCCGGAACUGGUCUUCCUGGACUUGAGUUUCUUUUACCUUCUGUUUCCUUGUACCUCUGGGAAGGGGAUAGGAUAUAAGGGUCUUCAGCCGGGACAUCCAGACUGACGCUCUGCAGCUACCAGCCUCUCAGGCUUGGGGGGUUGUCCGGCACCCCUCACCUGUGGACCCUUCCCUCCCCUAACUCUGGUCAUGGCGAGAUUUUGGGUCUGCGUGGCCGGUGCCGGCUUUUUUCUUGCAAGUCUGGUUUUGCAUUCGCGUUUUUGUGGCUCCCCGGUUUUAAGGAACUUUGCUUUUCAAAUUUCCUGGAGAUCAGAGAAAGUUGCUUACCGGCUGGAUUUGGAUUGGCCUAAGUAUUCAGACUACUUUACAGGAACAACAUUUUGUGUUACAGUUGACUCACUCAACGGAUUGGUUUAUGUAGCCCAAAGAGGGGAUAACAUCCCAAAGGUAUUAGUGUUCACAGAGGAUGGAUAUUUCCUACGAGCCUGGAAUUAUACAGUUGACACACCUCAUGGUAUGUUUGCAGCCAGUACACUACAUGAACAAUCCGUCUGGAUCACAGAUGUAGGAAGUGGAUCGUAUGGCCAUACUGUUAAAAAAUACAAUACCUUUGGUGAUCUUGUUCAAGUCUUGGGUACGCCCGGGAAAAAAGGCACUGGUUUGAAUCCUCUGCAAUUUGAUAACCCUGCAGAACUCUAUGUAGAUGACACAGGAGAUAUUUACAUUGUGGAUGGAGAUGGUGGAUUGAAUAACAGAUUGAUCAAACUGUCCCAAGAUUUCAUGAUCCUUUGGCUGCAUGGACAAAAUGGGACAGGGCCUGCUAAGUUCAACAUACCUCACAGUGUUACACUUGAUUCAUCUGGUCGGGUAUGGGUUGCUGACCGAGGAAAUAAAAGAAUCCAAGUAUUUGAUAAGGAAACUGGAGAGUGGUUAGGAGAAUGGAAUAAUUGUUUUACAGAAGAGGGACCUUCUUCAGUUAGAUUUACUCCAGAUGGGAAGUACUUGAUUGUGGCCCAGCUGAAUCUCAGCAGGCUGUCCUUUCUGGCAGCACCCCCGGUGGGAAGCAUUGGUGACUGCUCUGUGAUCAGCACAAUCCAACUACCAGAUCAAGUUUUGCCGCAUCUCUUAGAAGUCGACAGAAAGACUGGAGCAAUCUAUGUAGCAGAAAUUGGGGCAAAACAAGUUCAAAAAUUUGUCCCUCUGAAUAGCUAUCUUCUUUCAUUCGGUUUAUAGAAUUUUAUUCCUGGCAAUACUUGAGGGCAUGGCAGUUCAGGUUCAUAGAUUCAUUAAAGGUUUACCAUUGCUAUCCAAGCACAAACAUUUUGUUUAUUUUUACCUGAUAAAUUUGAUCAGAAGUAUUGAUUUUUUUAUUUUAUGCCAUUAAGAAUCAUGUUUUGUUGAUAUUCUUGGGAUUUAAUUUUACUUAUUAAGUGCAUAAGGACAUUUUAAUGAAAGAAAUAUAACUAAAAAAAAUAGUGUCAGAAAGAGGAACUAAGAUUGUAACCUAGUUAUUUGUUCUGGCAGAUUAACUUCCUUGGUUUUCAAAAAGUGGGAAUCCGAUGAGUUCAUAGGAUAAUUUAUUGAAUAUCACAUGAAGAACUGUAUUCAUUCAACUUAUAUAAAGUGACCCCUUGAGAAAUUGUGAAUAGAAAGGGCUUUUGAGUAAUUUUGAGUACCUGCAGAGUGCCAGGACCUGGAGAUUCAAAAAUGAGGCAGCAGGAUUGUCUGCCUUUUGAGUAGCUCAGGAUGCAGUGGGGAGACAAGUGGACAGUCAUGGCACGGACAGCAACGCACAAGUGUGGGACUUUAGUAGGAGCGUGGUACUCUGAUUGGAUUCAUGGAAACUGGAGGGGAAGUCAGCUUGAGCUUGAACUUCAAAACUCAGAAGGAUCUUAGCAGGGGAUGUGGAGGGGAAAACAUGUUUAGAAACCCAAGUUGUUUUUUGUUCUUUAGCUAAAAGAUGCUUAAUGACAUCUUUAAAUUUAGGAGUAAAAUUACAUUUCAUAAGCACUUUACUAAGAGGAGUUUUUAUAAAUAAGUAGAAAUUUUUUUAAGUUAAUGAUGGAAAUAGGGCCUAUCCUCAAUUUUUCCUAUUUUUCUUUUCUAUUUUUAGCAUAAACUAAGUACAUUUCUAAUAUUUGUCUACCUCAAAAAUUUUUUUCAGGAGAAUUAUUUGUAUGGAUAUGUGCCAAAUAUUUGGAGCAAUUCUGCCAUUCUGUUUCUGCUUCUGUUUCUAUCCUCUUCCCUCACAUUGGUCUGAAUAUUGGCUUCCAAAUUAGGGCCAUUUUUUCAGUUUGUUCCAGUUUAUUCUAGCUUUUGGGGGAACCUUAUUGUGAUCUUUCAAGAUUCUUCCCCUUUAUCUAGUGUUGUACUGUGAAUUGUAUAGCAUAUGAAGAGUCUUGAGCUGACUUUGCUCCUUCCCAUUAUGACUAGAGUCAUAGUGAAUUUAUGAUUGUCAUAGUGAAUCUGCACUUGUUUAUAUGCAUGGAUCAUAAUGUGGUUAGGAAGGUAAAUCUACCACCAGGAAACCUAACCUGUAUUCUAAGGCCAUUGAUAAAUGUGUCUGUGCAGCUUGAAUGUGUUGUCUUUGUUGAGUAAUGUGGGAGCAUGGUGGCUUUUCCUCCUCCUUGAAGGCUGUGAGGGUGAGGUACAGAAGUGCCCUUCAAAUCUUAUAAAACUUUCGGAAAAUGUUUUUCUGUAUAUAUGCAAAAAGUGUUUAUUUGAUUGGUAACUUGCAAUCACAGUAUUACACUUUUUUCUUUUGGCUUAAUUGGUUAAAUUAAUGAGAAAUGUGUUUUCCAUUUAAAAAUAUGCAUAUUAAAAUUUUGAAAAAAGUUAAUAUUAUCUGGCUUUCCAAAUAAAGAUUGAUUUUAUUGUCAUAAAAA